AUGUCGAUGUUCACCACUCUUCUGCUUCUCAGCGCUGUCUUUGCUCUGGGAGAUGCAAGCCGUAGAAGAGACUGUCAUCGCAGACCCUGCCCACCUGGCUGGCCCAGCGAUUCGACACACUGCUAUCACUACGUCCCCAUCAUGACCACAUGGCCAGAGGCAGAGAGGAAAUGUUUGCUCCUGGGAGGUAACCUGGCAUCAGUGCACAGCCUUGCCCAGUAUCAUUUCCUUCAGUCUGUCAUCAAGAAGAGUACCAAGAAAUUAAAGCGCACCUGGAUUGGAGCCAACGAUGCCAUCAAGGAGGGUCUUUGGCUGUGGAGCGACGGGUCCAGGUUUAUCUACCAGAACUGGGCCCCGGGUCAACCCUCUAACUCCGACCACUUUGUUGUGAAUGACAACUCGAACAGCCGGGAGCAUUGUAUGGAGAUGAACUAUGGAGCUUCCCGCGGUCAGAAUGAUUCCCCCUGCUGGUACAAACGUCCCUUCCUGUGUUCCAGAAAGCGCUGAGGUCCACAUUUUGGGAGAGACAACAUUGGAGAAGCUCUCUGGCAUUUGAGAUUGUUUUAA